CGCCAUUUUGUUUUUGCGUGCUGUCAAACGCUGAAUUUCACAUUUCCACCACAUAAAAACGCAGACGACUUUUAUUCAAGUGCGUGAGAUACCACCGAAAAACGUUGCUAAAUCACUUAAAUGCUGAUUAACCGCCAACCAAACGAUUGAACACAACGGCAGCAAGGCAAACGCCGCAAAAACCUGCCGAAAAUUACGUGAAUCAGCAUCGCAAGGGCAACCCGUGCAAUUGGCAAAAUUUUAAUCUGCGAAGACCGCGCUGCAAUAUGGUCAAUUCGUCUGGCAGCGAAGAUGGCCAGUUGAGGAGCCCCAACGACGGACAUUAUCACAGGCCAAAAAGUGUGUACUUGUCCCAUGACCGAGGCGCGCGAUGGCCAACAACAAUACCUAAUAAUUAUCAUAAUAAAAAACCAACAAAGCUAUUAUAAAAACCAAAACCAAAAUGAAAACGAAAGAAAAAGUGCAAGCAGUUAUGCAAAAUUCGAGUUUAAAACUGUGCACCUGCAGUGUCAACGGCAGACAGGACCGAAUCUUCUCAAGCCAACCACGCUAAUCUCGCUUGACCCGCUGGCUCAUUAAAUGUGUUCCGAGAAUCAAAUACCAAACACCAGAGAAUCGAGAUCCGAUAAGCUCCGAACCGAUCGAUCGAUCCGAGCUCUCUCAUGUGCUGCUGGCGGUAAAUUCCGUGGCGAGGAUGAGGAGCACGAAGCGGACGCCGAUUCUCUGUACAUACAACCACCGCAAGCGAGCCGUGAAAUGAGCUCCGGGUCCAGGCGUGACAAGAAGAAACAUUCCCGCGAACGUCGGCGCCACAAGGAUCGGGAAGAUGUGGGCGGCGGCGGAGGUCUAGGACCGGAUCGUGACCAUCGCUACGAAUAUCGGAAUAGGGAGGAACACUACCACCACCACCAUCGCGAAAGAGGCGGCAAUGUAGCCGCCGCAUAUCCGAAACACCACCUGGGCCACGCGUACCACUACCCACAGCCGCCACAACAGCUGCAACAGCCCUUGCCGCCGGCUCCCAGCUAUGCUGCCCACCACCACCAUCAUCAUCAGCAUUUAAGCGGAGCCCGAGCCGCCCCCCGUGGCGAUUACCAUUCCUAUCCGUCGGGCUAUCACUCGAGCAGUCGCCACGGCGACUAUCCCAUGGAGGAGCCACCGCGACGGGGCAGUAAAUACGCGGACAGCAAGGAUGCGGAGAGUCUGGAGCAAGAUCUGCGUUCCAGGCUGCUUAAGAAGCGGCAUAACUACGUUAAGGAUUACGAAACGGAGGAGAACUACGAGCAUCGCGUAGAGAGGAGUGAGCGGAGGGAGGCUGGACGCAAGGAACGUGAGCGAACUGGACGGAGCAGCCACAAGCAAAACCGUCACGAACGCGUCAUCGAACUGCUGGACAGUCCCGACCCUGAGCACCAGCAUCAGCACCAGCACAAGUCGCAUCGGAGCAAGUGGCGCGAGGAGGUCGAGGUCAACAGAAGAAAGGAGUCCGAGGACAUGGAGUUGCUGGCCCGCAGGGAGAAACUGCUCGCUGCUGAGCGCGAUAGCCGCCAGCGGAAGCAGACAGCUCGUGAGGAACUGGAAGCUCGCCGGGAGUUGCUCCGAGAGCGUAACGAGCACAGUGACGCACUAAGUCCGACGGCAGUGGCAGCAAGUGUAACCGCUGGCUUAAAUAUUCAAGUCAAAAGGAAAUCCAAACCGGACAACUACGAGAAACAGAUCAAGCACAAGAAACGGCGAGAGGAGGAGGUGGAGAUCAUCCGGGAUGAAGGGGAGGACGAGGAAAGCGAAGAGAGCGACUCUAAUGAGGAGGAUCCCGAUGAAGACAGCGCAGAGAGCGGCACAGAAUCAGGCAGUGAUGAAAGCUAUGCUAGUAAAAAGAAGAGCAAGAUAAAAUCCAAGCCUCUGCUUGAGGAUGACGACGAGGAUCUGCCCUUGCCCGACAGUCCACUCAGCGUGGGAGAGCUCUACAAGUCACCCAAGCAGCGUCAGCGGUCCCGAUCUUUAAGCUCAAAGAGCAGCUCACAGUCCAGUCACAGCAGUCGCUCAAGAUCUCGUUCCAGGAGUCGGAGCAGCCUGGAGGAUGAGGAGGAUCGGCGAGACGCAGGAACAGCUGCAUCACCCAGUAGCAGUACUCGUAGCGAAGAGCGCGGGAUGUCCCAGCAGCACCAGGAAGAGAAACCUGAGGAUAAACUCAAGGACAAGGCUCAGAAAUCGCUAGAGGAGCAGACUCCGUGCGACGACAAGGGUGUGCCUCUGCCCAACUAUUAUCCCGGUGUUCAGGGCUGCCGCUCUGUAGAAGAAUUCCAGUGUCUCAAUCGUAUCGAAGAAGGAACUUAUGGCGUGGUAUAUCGAGCUAAGGAUAAAAGAACCAACGAAAUCGUGGCCCUCAAGCGACUUAAAAUGGAGAAGGAAAAGGAGGGUUUUCCCAUCACAUCACUUAGGGAAAUCAACACCCUUCUUAAGGGUCAACAUCCGAAUAUCGUAACCGUUCGCGAGAUCGUUGUCGGCUCCAACAUGGACAAGAUCUUCAUUGUGAUGGACUAUGUGGAGCAUGACCUAAAGUCUCUGAUGGAGACGAUGAAAAACCGCAAGCAGAGCUUUUUCCCUGGAGAAGUCAAGUGCCUGACGCAGCAGCUCCUGGCGGCGGUGGCCCAUCUCCAUGACAAUUGGAUAUUGCAUCGCGACCUAAAGACCUCCAACCUGUUGCUCUCCCACAAGGGCAUCCUCAAAGUGGGCGACUUUGGAUUGGCUAGAGAGUAUGGCUCGCCGAUUAAGAAAUACACCUCGCUGGUGGUCACCCUGUGGUACCGUGCCCCCGAGCUGCUCCUCUGUUCGCCCGUUUACUCCACCCCCAUCGACGUUUGGUCGGUGGGCUGCAUUUUCGCCGAAUUCCUGCAGAUGUUGCCGCUCUUUCCGGGAAAAUCGGAAAUCGAUGAGCUUAACAGGAUCUUUAAGGAAUUGGGCACCCCCAAUGAGAAGAUCUGGCCCGGCUACACUGAGCUGCCCGCCGUGAAGAACAUGCUGUCACAGAACUCGCAGUUCACAGAGUAUCCUGUCUCGCAGUUGCGCAAGCACUUCCAGGAGAAGACUUCCGACAUGGGGCUUUCGCUGCUGCAGGGCCUGCUGACGUACGAUCCAAAACAAAGACUGACCGCCGAUGCGGCCCUGAAGCAUGGCUACUUCAAGGAGAUGCCACUGCCCAUCGAUCCCUCCAUGUUUCCCACCUGGCCGGCCAAGAGCGAGUUGGGAGCUCGCAAGGCGCAGGCCUCGUCACCCAAACCGCCGUCCGGUGGCUCACAGUUUAAGCAGCUGGGCCGCGACGAACCCAUCGCAGCCGUGGGUCCGGGAAACAAGCUCUCGUCUGGAAUUAUCACCGGGAACAAGAAGAGCCACGGAGCUGGUGGCUCGUCGGCCAGCACCGGAUUCGUCCUCAACUCUGGGCUCACGCAACGCCAGCUGGCCAUGGGACCGGGAUUCAGUCUAAAGUUCUGAUUGGAAGUUGGAUUCUGUGUGUUUUUAGCCAAUUACGAUUACGGUAUGAUUAAUUGUUAUGUAUAGUUAGCGAUGUAAGUGAAAAAUUUCGUUUAAUUGUAUGUGUAAAAAUAUUGUUCCAUAUAUAAUUUAAAAAGCCAUACAAAACAA